GGAAGACCAUAUACCCAACAAUCACGAAGCAAGGUGACAAUCCUGGUGCAGUCAAUUGGUCUUCAUCGACGGCCACACAGCAGAGACCACAACGACAACAUUUGUUUGAAAUGGGUUGGGAGCAGAUUUUUUGUGCAACGGAAUAGAGGACGGAAAAAGAGGCAACGGAGUUCAGGAGUUCAAAAGGAUUGGAAAAGCCAUUCCCGAUAUUUGCGAGGCUGGCAAUUGUACAUAACAUAUAUUUGCAUCUCGUCGGAGUCGAAUGGAAGGCGGAGACGGGAUCAUCUGUCAAUCGUAUCCUGCUGACGGCCUGCAGCCCCCCCAAUGCAGAUGUCGGAUCAUCACUGCCAAGGAGGGUGGAGGAGGAAAACAGAGAAGAGGCGGAUCAGGGGUCCAACAACCAUUCAGAAGAGCUUGUACGCAGGCGGGGGUUAGGGUUU